AUGGCUGAUGAUGAGGAAGAAGGUGGGUUCGGUGGUCUGUAUGAGGACGGUCAUUGGGCUUGGGAUGACUCUGUGGAAGGACUAGUAUUUGUGAGUGAUCUGCCGCCAAAGCCAGUAGAAGCUAUCCAAAUACCAAUAAAAGCGCCCACUGGAACAAUUGAAUUCAGAGAUGAUGUCGAUUUAAUCGAGCAGGAUGCUAAAGAUAUAGUACUAUACACUGCUCCAGUUAACAUUUUAAGUCCCAUGUUAAUAAAUAUGUUACAUCUUCCCACUACUGAGAGAUUCAUUAGAGCGCUUGUACUUUGCUGUCAGUAUUACUUGCAGAUAGCGGACGAAAUGGCAAAUCGUAUUAUAGAGUUGGAGACGAAAGUACGGACACUACAAUGUGAAAUACUUGAAAAAGAAUUCCGGGACAACCUAUCGGAUCUGAGACUCUUAGUAGCUAAAGAGUACAGUACAAUGCUUAUUGGUGGAAAUGAUACAAAAAAAUUCCACCAUAUGGGACCACAGAAAAAGCGUAGAUCAUUAUCAGAUAAAGAUGCCCGGCUUUUCGAAACAUUAUUACGAGUGUGUGUUCAAAUUGUCUGGUUGGCUCUCGGGCGAAAAUCUUUUAAUCAGAUAGAAUUAGAAGUCAACCGAAUAUUUAAAUCUGAGAUCUUUAACGCUGUGGAACACAACUUGCAUACGGGAUACAUUGGGAAAAUGGCAAAAGAAGAACGUGCAGUUCUGCUCGGCCAUUGCGUGCGACGAGACAAGAAGCUAAACACGCGCUCACCACUCAUGAACGAAGUGUUCUGCUACAGAGAAAUAGACUACCCUCUUUUGGGACUAGGAGUCAUUAAAUGUACUCAACCAACUCCAAGGCUCUUGUAUAUGAUGCACGCAGUCGCUGGUCCAGAAGAGAAACUAUCAGAGUUAGGAAUUGUUCUUGGAAUAAUUGGUAUGCCGAGAUCGGCUUUCGAUACAAUGUUACGACCUUUACCGACCGCCUCCGAAACUGGGAAAUCGAAGGCUUCUGUUAUGCAUUUUCCUUCACAAUUUCCUGAUGAGCCUGAAGAAAUUCGACACUGCAGUGAGACUCAAAGGAAACGCUGGCUAAAUCGACUUCAAAGACUGCUCCAUCCAAAU